CCCUGCGCCUGGGAGCCUGACACCUGCAUACGAGGGGGAUUGUUGCGUCUGGUACCCGGACUCGGGAAGGUCUUUGCCCGUCGAGCUCCCCGGUUCCCGGUGGUCUCCCGGAAGAUGAUGGCGUCUUGCGCGCUGUUCCACGCAGAUCCCGGCCUCCCCGAGAGGCGCUCUUCACUGUCCUGCUUUGUAAUCCUUUUGGUGGCCCCAGGGCUACUGCUACCCAUGCCCUCCGAUGCCUGUGACCCUCCGCAGUACAACUCUAUGAGGCCAACUGUUGUUAAAUCCAGUUAUAAUCCUGGGGAAAAUGUACAAUUUCAGUGUCGCCCAGGAUACAAGCGUAUUAUACCUCUUCUUCCCAUAUCUUCUGUUUGUUACCCUAAUAACACAUGGACACCUCUCCAGGAGGCUUGUACAAAAAGAUCAUGUCAACAUCCAGGAGAUCCCGUAAAUGGCCAUAUGGUUAGCAUAAAUGGAAAUUUUCUCUUUGGAUCACAGGUUCACUAUGAAUGUAAUGAGGGUUAUCGAUUGUUUGGGUCAAAAGUUAUUCAUUGUGAACUUUCUAGUAUCGACGAUAAUACAAUGACUUGGAGUGAUAAUCCCCCUCUAUGUAGUAGGAUAUUGUGUCUACCACCCCCAAAAAUAACAAAUGGGAAAUAUACCAAUAGUGGCAAGGAAGAAUAUGAAUAUAAUGAAGUGGUAACUUAUAGUUGUGAUCAAUCAAGUAGACCAGAUGCAUAUUCACUUAUUGGAGAGAGCAGACUUGUUUGUACUGGAAAUGGUGAAUGGAGUGGUAACCCUCCGCAGUGUAAAGAUACUUCGUUUAAAUUCCCAGAAGUAGAAUUACAGAGUUCAAGAAAAUCCAAGCCUCCUCUUAUGACUACGACUCCGGGUUCAAGCCAUCCAGAUUCAGAUCAUCCAGGAGCUCCCACUACCACUGCACCACCUGAAGACGUUAAUACUUUAGGCAAAGGAAUCAUUACUCUGAUUGUCAUUGUUGUUCUUGCUGGCAUUGUAUUCCUUUGCUGCAUCCUGGUCAUAUUUUAUCGACACAAGAGGAAAGGGAAAACAGAAGUUAGCGCCUCAUACAGCACUUACCAGGAUAAAUCCGCUUCGCCAGCAGAGUCCACGCAGUAAAUGGUUUCCACACAGUGCAUCUUCUGAUUCUUUUAGAAUGUUGACAUCGAUGGUAAAUUCAUACAGCCUCUAUGGAAAACAUACACGCCUUCCUCAAAAAACUAAAAACCAAACCAACGAAUGAUUUAGCAGUUCCACUUGCUGGCAUAUAUCCGAAGGAAACAAACAAACAAACAAAAACACUGCAGCUCUCUGUUCUCUGCAGUGUUAUUUACAACGGCCACCACACGGAUGCCAACCUAAGUGCCCCUGGACAGAUGAAUCGUUAAAAGAAAACAUGGUAUCCAAAUACGGUGGCAUACAGUCCAGCCAUAAAAAGGAAGGAAAUCUUGCUGUUGGCCACAAAAUGAAUGGACCUUGAGGCAUUUUGCUAAGUGAAA